CGUAGGCGGGUGGCGGCGGUGGGGCGUUUGUGGCGGGAGGAUUUGGAUGCUCAGCGAGCGUUGCUCUGUUUGGUGCUGCUGCAGCAAACAGCUGUUAGCGACCACCACCUCUGGAGCAACGCAGAGGCAGGCUGGUUUGCGGGGCACAGCUGUGGCAGGGGAGGCACUAAGUGCCGUUGGUGGUGCCUGAACGCUGCCUCUGCGUGAAGGCGAGGGAUUAGCGGGAGCCGCUCCCCUGGCAAGUCCUCAGCCUGCCCCGGCUCUCCGCCACCGGAGCCUCUAAUCGCCUUCUCGCCAGCAGAGUUGUGCCCGGCCGCCAUGGAGCGGGGGCUGCCGCUUUCCUCCCGCGGGAAGGCCCGAGAGAAGAAGCCCGUUCGCAGGAACCCCGCGCUGGGGGGCAGCGAUGGUGGGAGUGGGCCUGGGUGGGAGCCGGUGGCGAGCGACGGGGCCAGCAGCAGCAAAAAACCCAAAUUCCACUUGCACAUCAAGACACUGACAGAUGAUGUGUUUGAUAAAGUUGCCAGCAUACGAAUUCCAGGCAGCAAAAAAGACAGACCAACUCUACUGCCUUUGAAACAAUCACAUUCUUCAACUAGUGACUGCUCUACCUCGGCAGAUGUAGAUGACUUCAUUCCUAGACCUUUGUCAGACAGGGAGGUCCUUGAACUCUUUGAAAAAAUGAUGGAAGAUAUGAAUUUAAAUGAAGAUCGGAAAACUCCAUUGAGAGAAAAGGAUUUCAACACAAAAAAGGAGAUGGUGAUGCAAUAUAUUAGUACUGCCUCUAAAGCGGGAAGCUUCAAGAGUAGCAGACAGAUUUCACCACAUGAAUUCAUAAAUGAACUAAAAUCUGGAACAGCAGAUGAAAGACUUAUCAGUUUCUUAGACUCCCUUCGUGUAUCAUUGACUAGUAAUCCUGUCAGUUGGGUUGAGAACUUUGGACGUGAAGGUCUUGGAUUGUUGUUGGACACUUUGGAAAGAAUAGUUGAAGCAAAACAACAGGACAAAAUUCAGACGAUGAUACAACAUAAGAUCAUUCAGUGCUUGAAGGCUUUUAUGAAUAAUAAGUAUGGUUUGGAAAGAAUAAUGGGUGAACAGAGAAGCCUUUCAUUAUUGGCGAAAGCUAUAGAUCCUAAACAAACCAAUGUGAUGACUGAUGUAGUUAAGCUUCUUUCUGCAAUAUGUAUUGUUGGAGAGGAAAAUAUCCUUGAAAAAAUUUUGGAAGCUUUGACUACAGCUGCAGAAGAGAGGAACAUUGACAGAUUUUGUCCAAUUGUGGAAGGUCUUCAGGGAAAGUCGGUCCAUUUGCAAGUAGCUUGUAUGCAGUUCAUCAAUGCCCUUGUUACAUCUCCCGAUGAUUUGGAUUUCAGACUUCACAUUAGAAAUGAAUUUAUGCGUUGUGGAUUGAAAGAACAAUUGCCACAAUUGAACUGCAUAAAGAAUGAUGCUUUGGAUAUUCAGCUCAAAGUUUUCAGUGAACACAAAGAAGAAGAUAUGGUUGAAUUCUCCCAUCGUUUAGAAGAUAUCAGAUCAGAACUAGAUGAAGCGAAUGAUGUUUACAAUGUGGUAUGGAACACAGUGAAAAACACAAGUGCAGAAGGCUGUUUUCUCUCCAUACUUCAGCAUCUCUUGCUCAUAAGAAAUGACUAUUGUGUACGGCCCUUGUACUUCAAGUUAAUUGAUGAGUGUGUUUCACAGAUAGUCUUACAUAGAAGUGGAACGGAUCCAGAUUUUACUUAUCGUAAAAGAUUGGAUGUAGACUUCAGUCAUUUAAUGGAUGUUUGUAUUGAACAAAAGAAGAUAGAAGAACUUACAGAGAGAGCUUCAGAAUGUUCAAAAAAGUUGGAAAAUGAAUUUGUAGCCCAUCAAAACACAAAGGCACAACUUGGGAAAAUGGAAGAAAAAGUUAAUCUCCUUGAAGCAGAACUAAGAGCUUAUAAAUGCCAGAAUGGAUUAGCUGCCUUACCAGUUUCAUCCCUGGAGGGAUGUGGAACUGCUCCCACAUCAACUGACAAAGCACCUAAUUUAUUACCAUCUUCAGCACCUUGUAUUGGAGCACCACCACCACCCCCUCCUCCACCACCACCACCACCCCCUCCAUUACCACCUUUGAUUAAUAGUUCAGGAAAGCCUUCUUCUGGCAUUCCUCCUCCACCUCCUCUACUACAGAAAUUGCCUGGAUCACAGUAUUCUCCACCUCAUCAUGUGCUGCCUUUUGGACUGAAGCCUAAAAAGGAGUUCAAACCCGAGAUCACCAUGAAAAGACUCAACUGGUCAAAAAUUAGACCACAUGAAAUGAACGAAAACUGCUUCUGGAUAACAGCAAAUGAUGGAAAUUAUGAAAACUCGGAUUUGUUGUGCAAGCUGGAGCUUACAUUUUGUUGUCAAAAGAAAGGAUAUGAGCUGAAUUCUUCCAAAGAAUUGACAUUAAAACAAGAUGACUGUUUUGAAGAGAAGAAAACUAUUAAAAAGAGAAUUAAAGAACUCAAGAUUUUGGAACCAAAGAUUGCCCAAAACCUUUCUAUCUUCCUAGGUUCUUUUCGGGUGCCUUAUGAAGAAAUCAAAAUGAUGAUACUGGAAAUAGAUGAAGCCCAGCUAUCAGAGUCCAUGCUUCAGAAUUUAAUAAAGCAUCUUCCUGAACAAAAGCAACUGAAUGAAUUGUCCAAACUACGAAGUGAAUAUAACAACUUAUCUGAACCAGAGCAGUUUGCUGUUGUGAUGAGCAGUGUAAAGAGACUGCAGCCACGGUUGAGUGCUAUUCUUUUUAAGCUUCAGUUUGAGGAACAGGUGAACAACAUCAAACCUGACAUUGUGGCUGUCAGUGCUGCCUGCGAAGAGAUAAAGAAAAGCAGAAGCUUCAGCCAGCUCUUGGAGCUAGUAUUGCUAAUGGGAAAUUACAUGAAUGCAGGAUCUCGCAAUGCACAGACCUUUGGAUUUAACCUCUGCUCCUUAUGCAAAUUGAAGGAUACUAAAUCAGUUGAUCAGAAGACAACAUUGCUUCAUUUUCUGGCUGAAAUAUGUGAAGAGGAAUAUACUGAUGUACUGAGCUUUGCUGAAGACUUGCAGCACUUAGACAAAGCAAGUAGAGUUUCAGUAGAAAGCUUGGAGAAGAGCCUAAAGCAGAUGGAGAGGCAGCUUAAGCAACUUGAGACGGAUUUGGAGACCUUUCCCCCUACUGAGGAUAUUCAUGACAAAUUUGUGACAAAGAUGUCCACCUUUGCAAUUCAAGCAAGGGAACAAUUCCAGAUCGUUUCUAGGAUGUAUGACAACAUGGAAAAACUCUGUCGGAAUGUGAUGGGAUACUAUGCCAUUGAUUUGAAGAAAGUUUCAGUGGAAGAAUUUCUAACUGAUUUGAACAAUUUUCGGACAAUGUUCAUGCAAGCAGCAAAGGAGAACAUGAGCAGAAAAGAAGCAGAAGAAAAGCAGAAGCGUGCCAGAAUAGCUAAAGAAAAAGCAGAAAAAGAAAAACGAGAAAGACAAGAAAAGAAGAAGCGCUUGCUAGAAACAAAAACAGAGGGUGAUGAGACGGGAGUGAUGGAUAGCCUAUUGGAGGCCUUGCAGUCAGGUGCUGCUUUCCGAGACCGAAGAAAACGGACGACAAAGGCUAAAGAUGUGCCACAGAAUCUCAGCCCAAUCUCUGAGAGGCCUGUUCUGAAAGCUUGUAACCAUGAAAACCAGAAAGCAUCAAGAGAAAAGGUACAUUUGCACCACAAUAUGAAUGCUGUGUUGACAAGGAAUCCAGUGAGCAAGGAGCUCCAUCAUGAUAUGGAAGUGAAUUCAUCUGUGGAAAAGAGGAAAGCUGUUUGGAAGAAGGAUGUCAGUAACGCAGGAAGCAGCAGAGAGAAGGAUACAGAACGCGCAGGCCUUCCUUCCAAAGGAGAAGCAAUGCCUGAAGUGGAAGCUCUGCUAGCAAGAUUGAGAGCACUGUAGGUCCUCUGAUCAAUUAAGCAAAUACUGGGAAGCCACUCAGAUGUUCAAGAAAAUUGUUAGUCUGCCCCAGACUGUACCACUUCAAGAUUUAUGUGGAAUGGUCCUCUGAAUCAAGAAUCCCUAUUGCUUUCAAGUUAGGGGAGAAGCACUGCUAGCAUUCCACACGCAGGGAAAGUGUUUUGUUUGUUUGAAGUGGAGGAGUUUUCAAACACCUGCUCUGCUGCCUGCAUUCUGAAGUGGCAAUCACGUUUGUGUUCUAAAGGUUUGAAUCCGCACCAUGAAUGAAAAAGUUCAUGACUGUUACAUUUUAGAAUAUAUGCACAAGUGCACAUAUUAUAUAUUCAAUACUUUAAACCACAAACUCAUAAUAUCUUAUGUCUGAAAAGAAGGUUGUUCUUGUAUAACCAUAACUAUAAUAUGGCUUUGAUAUCUUACUACUAGUUAGAAGGUAAUUCAGAGAGAUCUAAAUGAAAAGGUGAAAUUGUUCUUAGCUUACGGAUACAUGAACUGACAUGAGCUUUCUUCACUAUGUGCUGUACUUUAUAAUUUUAAACUGUUGUCUUGAAUUUUUAAAAUGCACAUCAAAAUAUAUUGUCUGUGUAUUGCUGAUCGUUCUUUUGGCAGAAAAAUUGUAUUUAGUAAAAUAUAUUCUUUAUAAAUAUGUUUUAUAGUAUACAGUACUGCCGUUGCUUAUAGUAUUGCAGUUGGACAAAUGGCUAAAGAAGUGCUGAAGGUGCAUUUGUUUAUAGGUAUUGUACUGAUGGCAUUGCACACACCUAUGCAAAAAAUUACUCAUACAAGUAUGAGAAAAUAUGUUUCCAACUCAUAGCUGCUGCUUAAACUUGAAAUAUAAAAUGCAAUGCUGCCAUUGUGUGUUUAUAGCACAAAACUUAUAAUUACCAAAGUAACUCUUUGACUAUGACAAGUCUUAAAAUUUCUAUUGCACACAGAAAGACCGCUAGGGAAAUAAUGACAAUACCUAGCUUUCUGAUAGGGAGUGUGGUUGAUAGGGAGUGCAGUUGGGUUUGAUAGAGAUCUCUUACAUAAUUACAUCAUUAUUGGUGUUUGUUAAUUUAUUUGUCAAUUAUACACCAAUAAAAAAGAUGGCAAAUCACUGUUAUGUUAUAUUACUUUCAUUUUUAAUUGUAUUGGGACCAGUGUUGCCUCUUACAGGGAUUCCCAGAUGUUGUUGACUACAAUUCCCAGCAUCCAAUAGCCUUUGCUUGGGGAUUUUGGCAGUUUUAGACAACAACAGCUGGGAUUCACGGUUAGAGGAAACACUGAUUGGGACGUUUGAUCCUUCUAUGAAAUCCCUAUCAGAUCAUACUUUCAGAUUAUUUGGAUUUACAGAAUAACAGCCUAUUUUUAUGCUUUGAAAUGUCGUGUAGGAGCCAUUUCAAAGACUGGCUUUGCCUUAUUUAUUUCUGAACAAAUAAAAUCACAAUGUUGAAAAAGAUUGUAUAUAAUUGGGGUAAAAUGUUUUUUUAAUUCCUCAUCAAACAUCUUAGGAAUGCAGUUUAAUAUAUUACCUCAUUAUUGAUGCAUGUUAUUUCUUUUAAUGCAGAAAACUUGCCUGUCUGUUCCACAUUAGGUACAUAAGAAAAGACAAACAGGAAUAAUAAAGCAGUAAGACCUAACCUGGACAUUAUGAGAGAGAUGUGACUGCUGCCAAGAGCAUCAGCCACACAUCCUGCCCGGCACAGUCUUUUUUCUACCUCUCCUGGUAAAUCUAGUCAAAAAAUGACAUGCUCUGUUUCCCCAUGCCUUGCAACUGACAGGUAAUGAAGUAGAGCAGAGGUGUCACAUGCAUUGUAUCUUAGAGAUAUUAGUGGGGACAUCCAAAGAGGAGAUGGGGCUAAGCUGCUCUUGACAAUAGCCAUUUGUCUGUUAUAAUGUCCAGUCUGGCCCUAAAGAGUAAGGUGGUAAAAGAAUAUUGAGUCCUAUGCUAGGAGAAGAAGCCAGUUCCAUACUUCCUCUCUUAUCAUUCCAAUGGAGAUUACUCAGCUGUAUUUCCAGAAUUGUUCAUACAUUAGCUGCAUUGUAAGUAAGGCGGGGGGGAAUUGUCCUUAUGUAACUGUUCUGGUUUUUUAAAGUUUAUGUACCUCAUAAAAUUAAAAUAUUUUUCAAUUUUAACAGCCAUGUAGGCACAUUCUUAUGGGCUUUUCAGAUGGUAGCUGGCUUGUCCCUCCGCUUAAACCAAUGUUGAUAGCAGAGCAUGUAUUUUUUUGCCAUGGUAGCACUCUUGAAUCGAUCCAAGGUCGUGUUUCCUUUCUCAAGUUGAUGUUUCAACUCAGUUUGAGAGUCCUCUUUAAUUUUUUAGAUAGGAGAUUUUCACAUUUAAAAUUAAACAUGUAUUAGUUUCUGCUUUAGUUGUAUUUUUCUGAAGUCUGAAUCUUCCUUUAGUAUUAGGCUUCCUUGUCAGCCAUUAUAGUUUACCAUAGUGACUUAUUCUUUCAAAGAUUGGUCCCACUGUAUACAAGCUAGUGUGUCUCUAGCCCAAUUCACACACAUCUGAAAGUGUGUAUAGUUCAGCAUGGUGGGGAACAGAAUGCUGACCGUGUUGCCCCUCUCAUAUGUCUGUUCCACCUCUGUUGAUACAUGUUGCUUUUCUUCGUUUACUCUUUAUAUUAACAUACUCGUUGUCCUCAAAGUUGGAGUAUCCCUGUACAAUGUUAUUUAGCAGUGAGCAGAAAAUCUGUGCAGCUAUUCUCACCGCCUGCAAAGCUAUAGUAUGGGACAGGAAAUUGUAUUGGGCCCCCAGGGUGUGUGUGUGUGUGUGUGUGUGUGUGUGUGUGUGUGUGUGUGUCUGUGUGUGGACAGAAACAAAUGAAUACUUCUUUGGAAAUAAUUUAAAGCACAAUAAAUGCUAUUAAUUUUCCCAUACUUACCUUUCCACCUCACAAUUUGUUGGGUUAAUAUUAUUAUUAGAGCUAAUUUUAUUAUAAAAAUUAAUACUAUUUUACUGCUGGGUUACUGCUUCUACUGACUGUCUCCUGAACUGCUGUUUUGUUUUAUUAUUUUAACAGAUUUUGUAUGCUUUUACUGAUUUAUAGAGUCAGGAGCCUUGUAAGCCAUCUUGUCCAAUUUCUUACCAUUAAGAAGUGUUUCUUUAUAUUUAGCUGAAAUCUAGUCUCCUAUAAGUAAACCCAUUAGAUAGAUGGAGUACUGAAUAUACAAACUCCAAAUGAGGCCUGAUUAGUGAGGAGUAAAGUAAAAAAUUUAAUACUUGUGAUUUGAAAACUGUAGUUCUAUUAAUGCAGCUUAAAAUGACAUUUGGUUUUUUUAUGGCUGUAUCAUACUGAUGACUCAUGCUCAGCUUCUCUGUGUUAUCUGUUAAUGUUUCAUCAUCCUUAAUUAACAGUAGGCCUACUGUUUCCUUGAACGUACCAGAAAAGCUUUUUUAUUACUCAUAGCAUCCCUAUCCAUUCUGGCCUUUAGCUUUCCAACAAGUCUGGCCUACUUGUCUGUAUUCAUCCUUCAUGACCUGUUUCCCUAUUUCUUACACAUAUUUUUUAGUUCCAGCCCAUCACUGAAAUUUCUAUGUAGCUACAUUGGCUUUUAAAAAAAAAAUAAAAAUCCCCCGUUUCUCUUUUCCCACUGGAAUUGAUUGUGACUGCACCUCUUCCUUCUUCUGGAACUCCCCCCUGUCUUGGGCUCCUUUCCCCAUUAGUAUAUCAAGCCAGAUAAGUCUAUCACUUCACUGAGCUUACUAAAAUCAGCUUUACUGACAUCCAAAAUACAUGUUGGACUAUGCUCACAUGUGACUUUCUAAAUCAAGAAUUCCAGCACUAAAUGUCACUUUCCCCUAAAACUGUUAGUAUUUAAACUUCAUUGACCAACUCUUCCCUAUUGGUUAGGAUCAAUCCAAGAGCAGCCAAUUUCCUUAACCCUUCCUCCACUUUCUGAAAGAGAAGGUUGUCAGCAAGGUAUAUCAGGGAUUUGUUGGAGAUUUUAUGCUUAGCAGAUUUUUUAUUUUUAUUAACUGUUUAAUAGAUUAUUAACUAUAAUAAUCAACUGGAAUUGAAGGGAAUUUCAAUAUCUAAUAGCAGAGGCUAAGUGAUUCUGUGGAAAAUGUAAAGUGCUUAUAAUAAACUAAAAAGGUUUGACAGAAGCCUGCCAAAGCAGGGCAGGAAAGGUGUGGGUUGUUAAAAAAAAAUCUGUCUUGCAAAAGAUAAGGAAAAUGCUUUGCAGUAAAGUUCAUGGUGGGACGUUUAUCAUGCAAGCUGUCUCAGGCUAUGAUCCAAAGGGCUGCUUACCCUUUCCCCAAGAUCAAGAAUUCCGGCAUUAAAUGGUCACUUUCCCCAAAAGGUUUUCAGUAUUUCAACCUUGCACCUGGUAAUGUUUUGGGCUUUUACCUUUUAAUAAAGGGUUGAUGCGGUGUAGUGUAGCGAUUAAAAGACUGAGCUGAGAACUAGGAUAUCCCUGGUUCAAAUCUUGCUUCUUCCAUGAACUCCCUACUAGCCUUAGGCAAGCCUCUUCCUCUCCAUCUCAGCCUCCAUAUGCAAUAUGAUAAGAAUGCUCAACUUGCAGAAUUGUUUGAAGGAUUACAUCAAGAUAGUUGAUGUAAAGCACUUUGCAGACUUAAAGCACUAUACAAAAGCACUAUAUUAUUAUUUGCCCUUUCUGCCCUAUAAUAUCACCCACAUUUUAAAAACAUCUUUCAUUUUCAAAAACAGUUUGCUGUUAGUAUAAAGAAAAAAACAAGCCCAUUACCCCCUUGGGAUUACAGAAUUAGUUGUAUGUUUGGCCCCUGGCAUAAACUUCCAUGAAUAAUUAACAUCACGAAUGUUGCUUUACCGAAAUGUAUAAGCAGUGAUGUUAUACUUUAGAUUCCUUGAAAUAUCACUGCACUUUCUACAGCCUGAAAUUAUGUUAGAAAGGUGUAUUAAUAAUAAACUGCUAGAUAGAAGAGUAGUGUUACUAUUGAUAGUAGUGAUUAGUCAUAUAAUUAGAGCACUCUUGUAGUCAUCUUACACAUUUCUUCCAAUAAUGUAAUUUUUGCUGCUCAUGAGCUGUGCAGUCACAUUUUUUGGAGAGUUUCUAAAGGAAGAGGUAUUAUUUUGGUUGUCAAACAGGAAUGCCUUUCAUGCUAUAAAGUUUAAACCUAAACCUUCUAAAUGGUAGAUAAAACAUUUUACUACCAACAUUGUGCCCCUCCCCCAUUUCAUCUAAACUGACUUAUCCUGCUGUUGAUGUAACAAUAAAAUGGAUUCUGAAGUGCC